AGACCGCCGCCUUUCCGUUGGCCAUGGUGCAGCUCCGGCCGCGCUCGUCGCGUAUUCCCGCGCCGGCUGAGGCGAUGGUGGACGAGGACCAGGCGGCCUCGGAGGAGGAGGAGGCGGAGCACGGCCUGCUGCUCGCGCAGCCCAGCAGCGGCGCGGCCGCCGAGCCGCUGGACGAGGAGGAGGACGGGGACGACGAAGCCCCGGAGGAGCUGACUUUCGCCAGCGCCCAGGCGGAAGCCCGGGAGGAGGAGCUGCGCGUGCGCGCGAGUACUCGGAGGGAUAAAACGCUGUUAAAGGAGAAGAGGAAACGGCGCGAGGAGUUGUUCAUCGAACAGAAGAAAAGAAAGCUGCUUCCAGAUGCUGUUUUAGAGCAGCUAACGACAGCUUCAGAGGCUGACAUAAAGAAAUCACCAGAAAACGUAAAAGUUAAUUUGAAAAAGAAAAGUGAACAGCAUGCAAAAGGAAGAAAUUCCAAGAAAGUUAAAGUACAGAACGUGCAGUCUGUUGGUCAGACUAAAAGCUACAUGGCUGUAAGGCUUAAAGAUGAAGAUCUGAGAGAUUCAAGGCAAGAGGCAGCCAAACACUUCAUCCACAGUUGUUUAUAUGGUUCAGAUUCCAAGAGGACUACUGUAAACAAGUUCCUGUCUCUGAACAAUAAGAGGUUACCAGUGAAAAAGGCUGCAGCCCAGUUUCUGAAUAGCACCUGGGGUGCUCAGAAACAACAAAAUGCUAAGAGGUUUAAAAAACGGUGGAUGGCCAAAAAGAUCAAGAAGAAAACUUAUAAGUGAAUCAAAGUCAAGUUAAAUGAAGAACCUGUAUUUUGUAUGUAUAGAUUUUAAUGUUACUUGGUGUAGAGAGGGUUCAUUUCUCAAAAUCUAGUCACUGAUAAAUCAUUGUAAAGGAUCAUUAUAAAAAUCAUAAACAUUUUUGUUUUGGAAAACAGCUGGUCACAUUUCUUUUCUAGAACACAACAAUUGAGUGCCCUGAAGGGAGAAUCAGUUAAAGAGGAAUCUUCACCUUUUGAGUGGCCACAGGAGGGAGGGAUAACCAGAAACCAUUCAUCACGUCUUUUUAGUACAGCUGAAAAGCUAUUCUGGUGUUAUUGAUGUGAUUCCUGUUGUCAAGGAAUAAGAAGUCAUUGUUAAAAAGCACAGUGUAAAAAAACAAAAAAUCCAAAGAACAGGUAAAUAAAAAUCUGUUGGAGAAGACUUCAACCUCAGCUAGUACCUUUGUCUAGCCAUGGACGAAAUUCUUCUGAAAUAGGUGUUUUUGUUCUUUAAAGAGAAAGGUAGGGGUGUGUGUGUCACACACAUACCUGGUGUGUCAGGAGACAAUUUAUUAUAUUGAUUCUUCCCUACCCAAUGUGUGUUCCAGACCUGCUGAGCAAUCUUGCCAGCUCUGGAACAGCUUUUCAGAUUUUCUUUUUAACUAGUUUGGGGGUUUUGCUUGGUUGACAGUUACUUGUUAAGUUCUUAUUUUUCUAAUUCCAUGCACAAUGAAAGGUUUUAACUAAUGCAGUUACCUAAAGGUAGUCUUAGUCUGUAGAACUUAGACUGACAGUAAGACUCUAAGCAGUGUAUGAGAACCUAAUACAUAAAAUUCAACUGACACUAAUA